AUGGCCAGCCACAAUGAGAUCUCUCCUAAAUCGUUCACCUUCUUGUUAUACAACACUCCUACCCACAGUGCCCAUCAUCGACGAGCGGUAAAGUCCCACGUAUCGAGCAAGUACAGAACUGCCGUGCGCUUGCGCCAGCAAGCGCUUGCCCGCCAUGCUUUGUAUCACCACGACGACCGCGUGGAAGACCCACGGCCCAACACUGAGGAGGUUGGACCUGCGGUGGACGAGCGAAGAGGGUUGACAUCGUCACCCCUGCAAAAAUCCUCCCCCCUGAAAAUGGGCUUCGGCGGUACCAGAAUCGACCCUUUCAACUCUUACCCCGGUCAGCAGACACCAUGCGUUGCGGGGGCGCUUGACUAUUAUACUCAAGUUCUCUCGCCCCUGCAUCAACCGUUGCUGGUAGCGGUCAACGUGGCCAACCCGACGAUGAGCUGGGCGUUUCCCGUGAUUAUGUCGCAUGAGAGUGCCUUUCACGCGGCUGUCGCGCUGAGCCAAGCAUAUCUUGAGAAGGCUCGAUGUUCCACCGCCAGCCCAUCUCAAGAAAUCUACUUUCACCGAUACAAGGCCGCGUCGAUCCUUCGCGAUCAACUUUUGAAGCUAGAAGGUCCUCCGGAUGAUGGCAUACUGGUGACGGUGCUUGCGCUGGCGUCUCUCGAUGUCAUGUACAAGCAAGAUCACUUGUCAAGCCGCAAAGGCGUGGCGCUCAUGGUCGCUAUGAAAGGUGGCCUCGAUAAUCUCGGGCUCCGUGGGAUUGUGAAGGCAUUCCUCAUCCAGUUUGACUAUUUCUGGACGCUCGAGACCCGGACGCAGACCAUUUUCCCUCUGUCCAAGCCUUCAAAACAACGGGUAUAUCCUCAAUAUCCUUUGCAGGACCCAAUCCUUUCCAUCAUCUCCACCCUCCCAUCGGGCUUCGCGGCAAUAGCUCGCCAGGGCAGUCUGGGCGUCGAUAUUAUCCACAUCCUGUCGAGAGUGAGCAUGUUCCUGCACUUUAAAACCUCGAAGUUGCCCCUCGUAAUCGAGAAGGAUCCUGUGCCGGAAGGUCAGGACUAUCCGGAUAUCUUCGACGCGUGUUCUUGUCUUCAUUCUGCAGCUUCCACCAGGCAUAGUUUGGAGAAAAAUAUAUGUCUUGCUAUCAUACUUUUCAGCUUCGAUAUUCAUACUCCGACUGACUCUCAUACCACCAUCACUGCCUACCGUGGAUCACGACAGGAGCUAACGAGGUCACUUUCCUUCACGCCACACCGGAAUCCGGAUGAGAGAGCGUGUUUGAUAUGGAUCUGGAUGGUUGUAAUUAGUUCUUGGAGGGUCAAUGCGGCACUGUCCCAUGAAGGACUGUCGUUGAGCCGGAUGUUUUGCACAAAAUUUGAAGAGGCUCGCACAUGGACCUCUAUCGAGACGGCCAUGCGUCGAUUCUUUUGGUAUGAUCCUCUGAGCGAAGGAUGGAAGACCACCUGGAGAGAAGCGCUCAGUGAGUAUGACACCCAGGACACGAGGGACAUGGUACGUCCUACGGGGUCACGGUCCAUGGUGACCUGCAGUCCCUCGAUUGCAACCUCCCCGACGGCAAGACAGUUUCCAGAAAGGUCAAAACCCCCCUUGACCAGCUCCAGAGGCACUGGAGGAGAGGGCUGGUCGACAGGUCCUGAGAUCUCGGAUAGAACCAGAUAUGAGCCCGCAGGACAGACUGCGGACGGCUUGGAGGAGUCUGCGGUCGUAUCUCCGUGUACCGUUCAGCUACCGCCAAUGUUGACGCUUGAGACCUACCUCGGACAGAUAUAG